AAUGAUACUAUUUCACUUACGUUGUCUUAGUUGAAGAAAAUUUGUUCUGUGGAGAUUUUAAGGAUGUCUGCAAUGGAGAUUGGAAUAGAGAGGCAAUCAUCAAUUGAGAAGGAACCUCUUACUCUAAAUAUUGAUCAAAUCCAAUUUGCUAGGGAGGCAGCAUUGUAUGUGAUGAAUAACAGGAGCAUUGAAGAGGCUUUGAGGAUAUUUACAAAGGGUUUAAAACCAGUUGUUAAUAGUGUGGGAAAUGAAUCUAAUGAGCUGAUGAAUUCUGGUGAAGAGCUUGAGACUUCAACUAAUGAAUUAAGAAUUCUAGAGAUAAGAGACAUCGUCUCUGCACCAUUUUAGGAGGCUGUGAAAGGAGCGACUUUCAGUACAUCUUGCUUAGGAAUGAAUUGUGUUCUUCAACGUGUGACUGAUUUUUAAGUUCGUUUAGUAGUAGGAAGUUGAUUGAGUUGUAAAUGAGGUCUUGGGUUUGGUCGGGCCAAAGAUGCGGCCUGUUGUAUAGGUAUUGGCCUUGAGGGCUUGAAGGCAUUCAAUCUUCGCCUCAUUAUUACAAAAUUCAAUGCAACAAAAUGUUCAAGAUUGACAGGUCACAAA